GGGUUUAGGUUUUCCGUUUCCCAUACAACAUCGUCACACUCGUUCUUUGUCUGCACUCGUUUGCUCCCCAACGAUCUAAGCUUCAUUCUCCCCUUCUCAUCUUCGCAGCUCAGUGUCGAUCGAUUUCGCGCUCGACGGAGGAGUGGAUUGUUUUACUCGAGCGCCGAAUCGGAGAGCUUCUGCUGUGUACUGAUCUGUUGAGGGAGAGUUCGAGCUCGAGAAAUGGCGCCUAAGGCAGCGGUCGAUGCCGAGAACAAGGCAGGUAAGGGGAAGGGCGAGAAGAAGCCAAGAGGCAGGCCGAAGGCUGAGAAGAAGCCCGCCAAGGAGGGAGGGGCUAAGGAGGGAGGAGCGAAGAAGAAGAAGGCGAAGAGAGGAACUGAGACGUACAAGAUUUACAUCUACAAGGUCUUGAAGCAGGUCCACCCCGAGUUCGGUAUCUCGUCGAAGGCUAUGGGUAUCAUGAACUCUUUCAUCAAUGAUAUCUUCGAGAAGCUAGCGCAAGAGGCCGCGAGGUUAGCACGGUACAAUAAGAAGCCGACUAUUGCCUCCCGUGAGAUCCAAACUGCCGUCAGGCUGAUUUUACCCGGAGAGCUGGCCAAGCAUGCUGUAUCGGAGGGCACGAAGGCUGUGACAAAGUUCACCAGUGCCUGAUUCAGCCGAGAUUACACUCGCAGGCUGUGGUGAUGGUGGUGGUCUUUUGUGCUUCCAUCAUCAGUUUGAGCAGCGAGCUUUUGUAUCAUAGUCGGAAAGACAAAUCAGUUAGGGUUAGAAGUUAGAUUACUCACAGGGUGGCAGAAUUCCUCGGAGUGCGAAAUUUUACGUCUACGUGCUUAUCUCAAGCCUGGAGGACCUCGUCGUGCAUCCACAAUCGACUUUUGUCAGGAAUGUAGAGUCCCUCGGGACACUGUAAUUAGUUGUAGUGCACGGUUUCAACGCUCUGCUUCGCUGAGCUUUACAUAAAGAAAUUCUUUAAAAGCAUGGCU